AUGAAAUUCAAAGGAAUUCCUAAAGAAAAAUUAAAUACUCACAAAUUGUCAUAUAUAAAUUUAGAAAAAGAAAUAAGUAAUAAAAUCAAUAAUAUUUUAAAUCUUAUAAUAUUUGAUAUAAAUAAGAAAAGUAAAAGUAUAUAUACAAAUGAUUAUAUAAACUAUAUGAAUGAUAAUUUAUAUAAGUUAAAAGAUAAAAAUCAGAUAUUUCAUAAUUCAAUAAAUAAUUUACAUAUAAAAUGGAAGUAUUACAACAAAAUUUCAAUUGGUGUAUUAAAAGAAUAUGUUAAGUUAUUUCAUAAAAAUAAAAAAAAUUUUAACUUAAUUUUUACAAAUAAGGAACCUUUAUAUAAAGAAAAGGAAGAAAAAUUGUAUAGGAAUAACAAAGAUGAAAGUGAUGUUAAUAUAUUAAAUAAAGUGAUUAAAGAAAGUGGAAAAUUUAAUGAAAUAAAUAGCAUUGUAUAUAAAAACAUAAUAUAUGAAAAUACAUUAAAUGAAAAAUGGGAGGAACAUAAAAAUAGAAGGGAAGAUAAUAAUACAUUUAUUAAUUGUUUGAGUAAUUGGUAUGUUGAUUUAUAUAAAGAUAUUAAUAUAAACGACAUUAAAUACGUUUGGCUAAAACAUUUAAUUGUGAUUUUUAAGUUACUAAUUGAUUGCAAUUUAAAAGUUGAUGAUAAAAGAAAAUUGGAUAUUACAAAAGUAAUUACAAAUUUUCUUAAAAAUAAAAAUAUUCACAUAAAUAAUGAUUUAUAUUUUUCUUACACAUAUAUGUUAUCUAAAAUUAACAUGAUAGAUAAGGAAAUGGUUAUUUUAAUAUGCAAUAACAUAAAAAACGAUUACAAGUUAUUAAGUUCAUUAAAUAAAUUUUAUCUUUUCAGUUCAUUACAUAAUUUUGAUUUUUCAUGUAAAAAAUUUCAACAAAUUAUAAAUUAUUUAUACCGUUAUUUUUAUCACUUAAUAAAAGAGAAAUAUAUACAUAUAAAAAGUCAUAGACACUUUAAUGAUAAAUAUGAAGUAUCAAAUAAAGAUUCACUAGAAAAAAAAAAAGUUAAUCUCAAUAAUAAUAGAAUAGGAGAAGAAAUAUACUUAAAUUCUAAUAAUAAAAUAAUAACACCUGUAAAUUCUAAAAAUAAAAAUGAAGAAUUUUUAAUUAUAAAUAAUUAUUUAUUUGAUAUAUACGAGAAUUUAUAUAAACGUAAAAAAUAUAUAUCAUAUUUAGACAAAGUUAUAUUUAAAUAUAUAAUAAAUGAGGAGUUGUUAAAAUAUAAUAAAAUACAUUUGACAGUAUUUAAAAGUAUAAUAAAAAUAUGUGAUAAAGAUAUGUUAGAUUUUUUAUUUAAAAAAAUAAUAGAAAACAUAGAAAGCUAUGACACUACAGAAAUAUACAGCAUGCUCAAAUAUUUUAUAAAGUGUCAAAAUGAAUUGUUUUUCGAUUUUUUAUUGUUUUUGAAAAAAAAAAAUUUUGAAAAUAUGAAUUUAAAACACAUCAUAUGCUUAUAUUUAUCUAUAAAUAGAAUAUUAGUCAAAAAAUAUAAAAGAAAAAAAAAAAAAAAAAACAUCUCUUCUAUUCAAAAUUAUUAUAUAGAAGAGUUUUUAAAUAUAAACUGUUAUGAAUAUGAUGAAUUAAUGAAUACAAAUUAUACAGAAAAAGAAGAAUAUAUAGAGGAUAAUUUAGAUACAAAUAAUUUAAUGAUGGAAUGUGAGCAUUUUUUAAGUAAUGAAUCAAAAAAAAAUAAUAAUUUCGAAGAAAUAAAGGCAUGCUUAGAAAUUAUAAAAAAUAUAAAUGAGAACAUUAUUACUAUUUUAACAAAAAAAAUUAACUAUUUAAAUAAUAAUAAUAUAAUAACUAUAUUAUAUAAUACCUGCUCUACCUUUAGUGAAAAACAAAUUAUUUUUGUAAAUAAGUUGUUUUCACAAUUAUACGAGGAAAACUAUUUAAUUAUAAAUUUUUUGCAUAUAUAUAAUAAAUUAUUUAGUAAUUUCGUUUUUUAUUACAGCAAACUUAGUAUUGAUAUGAGAUUCAUAAAUCUUAUGGAAAAUAAUAAGGAAAGUAUCAAAUUAAUUUCUACAUAUGAAAAAAAAGUUGAAAAUAGUUUUAACUAUAUCAAGAAACGUUAUUAUAUAAAUGAACAUGCUUUAUACGAUUUUAGUAAAUAUACUAUAAUAUUAAAUAUAUAUGAAAAAUUUUUUUUAGAUAUAUUUAUAUACUAUAUGUAUCAAAGCAAUAAAGAAUCUGAAACAUACAAACAAAAAUUAUUUUCGCUUAUCAUUCAUAUAUAUACCCACUUACAAUUUAUAUUUUUUAAUAGUUGUGAUAGAAUUUUUCCAAUAAAUAAAUUAGAACUAAUUUUUAACUACAGUGAACAUAUUGUAAAAAACAUAAAUAUAUAUAUUAACUCAAUUAUAUAUCCACUAAAAUUCAUAAAAAAAAGGCAUAUAUUUAAAUCAAAUAAAAAUGAAAAGGCAUCAAAUGUAAAAAGUAACGAUUUUUGUAAAAGUCACUUAUUUCUUAAUAGCUCAGGCAAUGAUAUAAACCUAUUACAAUAUAGUCUUUUUAAUGAAAAAGGAUUUAAUAUAAGUAGUAUAAAUAUCAAUGAAAAUAAAGAUUUAAACAUCUUAUAUAAUAAUAUAAGUAAUAACUCUAAUGAUAUAGUUUCUAUAAACGCUCAUGAAAAUAUAGAUAAUAAUAUUAAUAAGUUUUCUAGUGAUAUAAAUGAUAAUUCAGGAGAUAAUAGCAUAUAUAGUUCUGAAAAUGAUAUAAGAAAGUUCUUUUUUAUAAUUCAAUAUAUAAAUUACAUAUGUUCUUAUAUUUACUUUAGAACAAAUGCAAGCAAAAGUUUGUCCAUAAAAAAAAACACAAUAUACAUUUGUUUGAGUUUACUAAGAUAUAAUAAAGAAAAUAUGGUUGUUAUAAAUAAUAUUUUUAAAAUAUUGAAAGGAAUGAAUGUAGAUGAAAUCUGUAAAAAUAUUAUUUUUAUAUUUGCUUUAGAUUAUAUUCACGAAUACUGUAAUAUUAGGGGCAUUCUUAUUAAAUUAUUUCGUUUUAUAAAAAAAGAUAAAAUGCACAAUAUCUCUACUUUUAAGAUUCCACCUAAUAAUACCAAUUUUAAAAUUCUAACAAGAUAUCUAAAAUAUAUGGAAAAAAGAUAUGAGUAA